AUGCCAUCCCGCCUUGAGUUAUUUUUUAUGAUGAACGUUGCGAAGUAUUUAUCAAGUGUCGAUGACCUUUACGAGUUUUGCAGAGUUUCAAAAAAGUGUCAAGAAACUUUAAAUGCAUUCCAGCAGAACUUUUUCUUUGUCGAUUCAACGAUAGAACGUGAACUCAAAUUUUUCAAUGGAAUUCAAAAUUACAAGGGAUAUAAUACAAUCACGACAUUUCCACACAAACAAUUUGAAUUUUAUGAUAUAAAAGGCGUCGUCGAAGGAAUUCCUCUUGAAAAAAUCCGCUCUUUAAAUACGGGGAUCAUUCCAGAUGAUUGUGAAAAAAUGACAAAUUUGAGACAUUUGGAAUUUUACAUUGAAGAAGAUGAUGAUGGGUGGCAAUUAGUUGAUGCAGAUGACUUUAAGCCAUUGAGUCUUCUUGAGAAUCUCAAAACAGUAAAGUUUGUAAUAGAAAAUCCUCCAUUUACACCAUUGGAAGAAUAUGAAAAACCUGAUAUUUAUGAAGACUUUAUUGAUGCAAUCACCAAUAUAGGGCCAAAACCGUUAAUAGUUGUUGUAAAUUGUGAUCCACAGUAUACCAACCGGAUUCUAGCCAUUGGAGACAACGUCCGAGUAAGACAGAUUGUUCGUAACAUCGACAAAUUUUCUCAAGAAAUUAAGAACGAAAAAAUAUAUAAAGUGACUAACUGUAUCUCGGGCGACGUGAAUGAUCUUAUUGAUGGGGAUGUCAUUCAGAAGUAUGGGUUCCCAAUCGUUAAACUUCAUAAUUGGGAAUACAAACAUAAAAGUAAUGAAAAAACAUUCGACUUGAGUAAGUACAAUGCGUUGUAUGACCUAUCUCUAUCUUGUAGGGACUUCGAGUAUAAUUGGGUAUUACCAACCAAUUUGACUCGACUCUAUAUGUUUGAUCAAAACAUUGUGAAUUUGAGUCAACUUCAAAAUCUACAGAUAUUAAUUACAAACCAAAUUCCUCAAUGUCAGUUGAAUCAAUUAACUUAUUUUGAAUUGUCCUAUCCAAAAAAAUUUAAUGCAAAAGAAAUCAAUGAUAUUGGAAAUGUCAAAGAGUUUAUUAUCGAGUGUUUUAGAGAAGAGUUGCUUGAUCUGUACGACUUAAAAUUAACUAAUGUUAACAUUAGACAUUUUAAUGGGAAGAAUAUCGUGUUAUCACCCCACAUAGAAUCGCUAAUUGUUUCCAAUAUAAAUAUUGAGCAACUCGUUAUUCCCAAAUCCGUCAAAACUCUAUAUUGUCAUGCUUCAGAAAACCUCAUCUCACUUCAAUUUGAAAAUGGAAUUCAAUUAGAAAGUGUCAUAUUGUAUAGUUGCGAAAACCUUAACAAAUUCACUUUACCCAAAUCAGUUAAGACUCUCAAGUUGGAGUCCGACAUCGAAGCUAAAAUCCUUAACAUCCAAGAAUUGAUUUUAUAA